AAUAAGUAAGCUUUUGUACUGAAAAUAUAAGCCUAUCUUUAGUGUCAUCCAACUCUUAUCUCCUUUUAAAGUUGCAAAUAUAGCAUAAUAUUCGGGUAUUAAUUUUUAUUCCAUUAUUCAACCUCAUCUCAUUUAAGAUUAUAUAGUAUAUUUAUUUUCUUGGUACAAGAUUAUAUAAAUAUUUAUGCUUAGCAUAUAUUGCUCGUAAUCACAUCAUAUAGAGAGGGAGAGAGCAAGUGGUAACCUUCAAUCAUUCUUUCUUCCUUUCGAAGAUCUUUGAACUCAUGAAAAUAUGGCCAAAUUGGUUAAAAUCUUGGCUGGUUUGCUGAUAGUGGCUUUCGAUAUAGUGGCUGGGAUUCUUGGAUAUAAAGCAGAAGCAUCUGAAAACCAGGAAAAGCAGCAGACGCUGUGGUUGUUCGAGUCAUGUAACAAGCCAAGCCAUGAGGCAUUUGUUUUUGGGUUAGCUGCAGCAACUCUGCUUGGAAUAGCUCAUGUUCUUGCCAACCUUCUCGGAGGCUGCAGUGUUUGUACUACUGAUGAUAUUCGGAAAGCCACCCCUAUCAAGCAAUUAUCAAUUGCUUGUCUCGUUUUUACAUGGAUCAUAUUUGCAGUAGGAUUGGGAAUGCUAGUGAUUGGGACAAAGGCGAACCACAAGUCAAGAACUUCGUGUGGUUUCAUACAUCAUAAUUACCUAUCCAUUGGUGGAAUUUUGUGUUUUGUUCAUGCCCUCUUUUCUGUUGCAUAUUAUGUCGCAGCUAGUCAAAAUCUGGCAUAACUUAUGAAGAUAAGAUACUUUGAGCAGAUGAAAGUUUUUGAGAUGUUCUAGACCAAUGGUAUAUGCAUAUUUAUGUUGAACAACUAACUGUAACCUGUGUUUUGCACUACACAAGGUUGACUAGUUUUGACUAAAAUAAAUUGAGAUAAAGGGUAAGUGUGGAACAGACAAAGCAAGGAGGCGGCGAUGAAGAGAAGUCUAUAGCCAACACACAAAGCAGAGAGCAGAAGUCCAAAUGGGAACAACAUGUUUAAGAGCUCAUUUCACUUGAAAUAAUUUACCUAUAAACCAGAACAACUUAAGAACGAUAACUGUCUGAUUUUUAUGAUGCUCUGCAUCAUACUGGACAAUAUAGGUUCUAGAAAUUAUGAUAUUGGCUCUAAUUGCACAUGUUUUUUUAGAAAUGGUGUUAGAAAUUUGAUUGCACAUCCAACUCUUGACCUUGUUGUACAGUUUGUAUCAUGGAAUUGGCAAUAGUAAGGUGUUUCAUUCUCAAAAUAAUGCGAGAAUUUGCAUUAAAA